AGUUUCAUUGAACCCUUGUAAACACAUCAUAUUUUGCUCUCACUUAGCUAUUUCUCACAUCAUAUCAAGUUUUUAGGGCAAACAAUAGAGAGAGAGAAGGAGAUUGCGGCACCCACAAAGCAUCCAAAAUCCACUGGUGAAAGAUCAUCGAAAUGGCGACUUUUGCCAAACCGGAGAAUGCUUUGAAGCGUGCUGAAGAGUUGAUCACUGUUGGACAAAAGCAAGAAGCCCUUCAAGCACUUCAUGAUCUUAUUACUUCAAGGAGGUAUAGAGCAUGGCAAAAGACUCUUGAAAGGAUAAUGUUCAAGUAUGUUGAGCUAUGUGUUGACAUGAGAAGGGGGAGGUUUGCCAAGGAUGGCCUAAUUCAAUAUCGUAUCGUCUGUCAACAAGUGAACAUUAACUCCUUAGAGGAGGUAAUAAAGCACUUCAUGCAUUUAGCUACUGAGCGAGCUGAACUAGCUCGCAAUCAGGCACAAGCUCUUGAGGAAGCUCUGGAUGUGGAAGACUUGGAGGCUGAUAAAAGGCCUGAAGAUCUUAUGUUGAGUUAUGUUAGUGGGGAGAAAGGAAAAGAUCGAUCUGAUCGGGAGCUUGUCACUCCCUGGUUUAAGUUCUUGUGGGAGACAUAUAGAACUGUUCUGGAGAUCUUGCGUAACAACUCAAGAUUGGAGGCUCUGUAUGCAAUGACAGCACACCGAGCCUUUCAGUUCUGUAAGCAAUACAAGCGUACAACAGAAUUUCGCCGUCUUUGUGAAAUCAUCAGGAAUCAUUUGGCAAAUCUCAACAAGUAUAGAGAUCAGAGGGACCGUCCUGAUCUGUCUCUUCCAGAAAGUCUGCAAUUGUAUCUAGACACUAGAUUUGAACAGCUGAAAGUUGCUACUGAACUGAGUCUAUGGCAGGAAGCUUUUCGUUCCAUUGAGGACAUAUAUGGUUUGAUGUGCAUGGUUAAAAAAACUCCCAAGGCGUCAUUAAUGGGUGUUUACUAUGGAAAGCUUACUGAGAUAUUUUGGAUGUCAUCAAAUCAUCUUUAUCAUGCUUAUGCCUGGCUCAAGCUUUUCUCUCUUCAGAAGGGUUUUAAUAAAAAUUUAAGCCAGAAGGAUUUGCAGUUAAUAGCAUCGUCUGUUGUCCUAGCUGCACUUUCAGUGCCUCCUUAUGAUCAGUCUUAUGGUGCAUCUCAUCUUGAGCUUGAAAAUGAGAAGGAGAGGAGUUUGAGGGUGGCCAAUCUAAUUGGUUUUGAAGUUGAACCCAAAGCCGAAAACAGAGUGGCGCUUUCUCGAUCAUCACUUCUCUCAGAGUUGGUGUCCAAAGGUGUGAUGUCCUGUGUCACUCAAGAAGUGAAAGAUCUUUAUCAUCUGUUAGAAAAUGAGUUUCUUCCUUUGGAUCUGGCACUGAAGGUGCAGCCCAUAUUGAAUAAAAUAUCAAAACUUGGUGGUAAGCUGUCUUCAGUUUCUUCGGUUCCUGAAGUGCAACUGUCUCAGUAUGUUCCUGCCUUAGAAAAGCUUGCUACUCUGAGGUUGCUCCAGCAGGUCUCUCAGGUGUAUCAGACAAUCCAGAUUGAUAACAUAUCUAAGAUGAUCCCAUUCUUCGACUUCACCGCUAUUGAGAAAAUAUCAGUUGAUGCGGUUAGGCGUAAUUUUCUUGCCAUCAAAGUCGAUCACAUGAAGGGUCUGUCUUCUUUGGCAAACAGAGUAUUGAGGCUGAAGGACUCCGGGAUCAUCUGUCUCUUUGCUGAAUCCCUUAGCAAGGCAAGAACAAUGAUCUAUCCCCCAGCAAAGAAGACGGCCAAGCUCGGGGAUGCCUUGUCUAAUUUAGCGGAGAUAGUGGAGAAGGAGCACAAGAGACUUCUUGCAAGGAAGUCCAUUAUUGAAAAACGCAAAGAGGAGCAAGAGCGUUUACUCUUAGAAAUGGAACGAGUGGAAGAGUCGAAGAGGCGAGAGCUUCAAAAGAUGACAGAAGAUGCUGAGCAAAAGCGCAUUGCUGCCGAGUAUGAGCAAAGGAGGAGCCAGAGAAUUUUGAAGGAAAUAGAAGACCGAGAACUUGAAGAGGCACAAGCUAUGCUGCAAGAAGCUGAAAAACGCAGCAAGAGGAAGAAGAAGCCUAUUCUAGAGGGAGAAAAGAUGACUAAACAGGUGAUCAUGGAAUUGGCACUGAAUGAGCAACUGAGGGAGAGGCAAGAAAGGGAGAAAAAGUUGCAGAAGUAUGCCAAAACUAUGGAUCAUUUGGAAAGAGCUAAGAGAGAAGAAGCCGCACCUCUUAUUGAAGCUGCAUAUAAACAGCGUUUAGCUGAAGAGGCAGCUCUUCAUGAACGCGAGCAGCAGCAAGAGGUUGAAUUGAGCAGGCAACGCCAUGCUGGGGACUUGGAAGAGAAAAAGAGACUGGGACGCAUGUUGGAGAACAAGAGGAUUUUGCAAGAAAGAGUUGUUAGUAGCCGGGAAGCUGAACUCAAUAGAUUGAAGCAGGAGAGACGAGAAAGGAUCAGCCAGAUAAUUCAAUCAAGGAAGCAGGAGAGGGAAGCUAAGAGGAAAAUGUUAUUCUUUUUGCGAACUGAGGAGGAGCGUCAAAAGAGGUUACUGGAAGAGGAGGAAGCCCGCAAACGUGAAGAGGCAGAGAGACGGAAGAAAGAGGAAGCUGAGCGACAAGCCAAGCUAGAUGAGAUUGCUGAAAAGCAGAGGCUGCGAAUGAUAGAGCUUGAAGAGAAAGAAAGACGGGAAAAAGAAGAGAUCUUGCGCAGGCCUGCUGUACUGCCAAGGCCUUCUGAGCCUCAAGCCUUGGGGCGUCCAACUGAACUUGGAGGAGCUGCUCCCGUUCCUGCAGCAGCAGCUGCUGCACCUGCUGCUGGGAAAUACGUUCCUAGGCACUUGCGAGGUAACGUUGAUGCUGCAGGCCAGGCUCCACCUCCUGAUACUGACAGGUGGGGCACUGGAAGCAAGUCAGAUGAUAGACCAUCAUGGCGCGAUGAACGAAGGCCCACAUCAUUUGGUAGUAGUGGCUCGAGGACCAGUUGGUCAUCUUCUAGGCGGUGAAUGAGGGUUAGUAACUUAUGAGUCGUGCAGUGGCUUAUACUCAAGUCUUGCAUCCUCGGCAUUUUGGUUCAAGAAAUUCAAUUUGUUGCUUUUUACCUUAGUAUGUACCAGAGAUUGAUUAAUGUUGGGUAUUAUGAGCUCAAGAGUAGCAAUUCUUGGCUAGGACAUUUCCGACUGCAUGGAGAGGGGUUGAAAUUUUCGUCAGGCGAUUUGAUCUCGAUAUACUUUUUGUCGUAGCAAAUAACUACUACAGUUGCUGUUAUGUUCCAACUUCCUAUUUUCCUUAAGUAUAAGACGUUGCCUACUUUACUCC